AUGAGGCUCGUCAGCCACGGACUUCGCUUUGCUGCGCAUGCCUUUAUUGCGUAUGACCAAGCGGGACGCUACUUUUCCUCCCAGUCAGCACUACAAUUCUCAUUCGGUUUCGCCGCUGCCGCCACUACUCCGGAGCAGCUUCAUCCGGCAGUGGGAUCAUCGCUCGACCAGCCGAUAGUACCACGAGGCAGAUCGUCAUCCUCGAGUCGUGCGCGAAAGAGAAGAGCGAGAGCUCCGGACGAGCAGGCCGUGACGGCCGCAGAAGAUGAAGAUAUAAUUCCACCUGGCAGCUGUGCUACUAGCAGCUCCGAUGGAGAGGAUGCCUCUGGACGCGGUCCUCUUCUGUUUCGGAAGAUAAAAAAGGCGUGGCAAGCGGGCGGGCCCUGUAAGAAACGCCAUCGCACGGGACGAUCCCCUUCCACCUCAACACGAGUUGCGAAAAGAAGCAAAUCAUCUCGUCGCGGGCGCAGCAAGAAGGAGGGAGAGAACAAACGAAAGGCGAGCGAAAUGUACGAUGGGAAUCAAAGCGACCAGUUUAUUACAACGGCGCCGCAGGGGGCUCAUGGCUCUAGUACGAGUUCUGGUCGUUCUGGUUCUCUGAUCCGCGGCCCGGAAGGACCUCAACAGGAUGUUGUUACUGAAGAUGUUGGUGCAGGUGUGCUUUCCAAUGAAAUAGGGCAAGAGCAGCAAGCUGUUCAUCGUACAGAACCGCCUGCAGCUAGGGCGGAAAUGCAAACCCAAACCGAUCUCCUGGACCCUCUGACAGCUGAUACGCCAGUGCAAACGGAAACCGACGAUCUUCCUCCUGUGCCGCUGACCGAUAAUACGGCAGUGCAAACUGACGAUGUGCCACUUCAAGAGCCGCCGACUGUCGCCGACGCUGAAGUGCAAACCGAUGUUGCGGAGCCUGGAGUUGAUGUGCGCGGCCCAGAAGACGUGUUUGAUCAUCGUGUUGUGGACGCAGCAGGAGCUCCCGCGAUGAUAGCUGCAGCAGCUGCGCCCCCCGGCGCUGCUGUCGCUGGUGACCCGGCCGCAGCCGUGGUUAACGUACCACAACAAGCUGCCUUGGAGCGGCCGAUUGGCGCGCAGGCUGUGCCAGCGCCAAAGCCAGUUGCUCGCCCCCUGCUGUCCGAGCCGGUUUUGCAGCACAUUCAGGGUUACUUGGGAUCGCCGACCCUGCGGGACCUCGCAGCCUGGGGCGCCGUCAGCAGCAGAGCCGGCCCGUUUGGCCGGCAGAGGACCUUCGCGUCGCCCCUGGUCUCGCGAGAGGAAAUGGAAUUUUUGCGAAAAUACGCUUUCGCAAACCACGUGUUAGAGGUGAUUGACAACCCGGAGCGCGUGUUGUUCGGGGACAGGCUACUUUCACAGUUGCGAGCGGAGGGCAAGGUGCCGAGCGUAGCCGUGUUGGCGGACGACGCGCAUUCGAAAUACCACAGGGAGCGUAAUGACCCUCGUGGUCCGCUUCAACUGGAGGAGGACAGUAGCGGAGAUCCUUGGGACAGCGAUUGGACCGGCGACGAACUUGAGCUGGAUGUUAGCAAAACGACUACAGGUCGGCGCCCCCGCCAGCGUAAUUAUAUUCCGGCGCAACACGACGUCGCGCUCGUCGAUUCUGUGGAGCAGGCCCACGAUGUGCCGCGCAUGCGGGUGCAGAAGACAACUGAGAAGUACUAUACUGGUUUUGGUGCAGCCGCCCUUGGCCUUGCCGCGCCUACGACUGCGACCUCUUUCCUUCGGCUCCAGUUGCAGCUGCAGUACCUCUUCGAGAAGUUAGACCGGAGCGAAUGGAAAGUGCGGUCGUUUGUGGUCCCGCUCAACAGGUUGUAUUGGGAGAAACGCUAUGCAUUGCAGAUAUGUCCGGGUCUGGAGACAUGCAAACUUGUGAUGCGCAUUUCAGAUCACGCGAAAAUUUGUCAUGCAUACACUUCUGCAAAGGCCUCUCGCUCUCGUUUCUUGUCACCGAAAGAGGACAUUUGUCAUGCGGAUUAGGCAUUGCCAGGCCCAGGCCUUGUAAAAACCCGUGAUGCAGCUAGGGCCGGCAUGCCAGACCUUGAGGGUCAAGCAAAAACAGCACGACGAACAUCUGUUCUCAAUUAUAUCCAGACCCAGACAUAUUUGCAUUUGAUAAACGCCGUGAGAAGUAUCCAUUUCGACGAGCCGAUGAGGCGUCACAGCGCUUCUCGACAUACCAGGAACACGGCAGCUCGGCUACGGAGCCCCAGCGGAAAAGAAAUCGGCAAUACGACCUGCAAAAGACCCACUACGCGUACCAGCUGGCGUCCGGAGUUGGUGCUUGGAAGCUACGCUACUGCAGCCUGGCGAGCUGCGCCUGUGGGGUGGGGUUAGACGAGCUGAAGCUCAGUUCCAGAGAUCGCGUUUUUCGGAUGGUUGAAAGAGCGACGAGGAGAGCUCAGUCAGAGGAAAACAUCGACGAGGGUCGAGGGCAGCGAUCCUUGAAGAUUCUCCGCUCGAAUUGCGGACGGAAAAAAUUCAUAGAAUUGACCGACGUCCACUACAUUAAAAAUAGACUCAAUCUAGAGUCGGCCGAGAGCCUGAACCGCACCAAUCGCGCAGUUUCGAAACCCCGGGGGCUGUUCCUCGAGGAAGGGGUUGCCUUUUCUUGGACGUACUUUCUUGAGGAUCUAGAGGGCCGGGGAAACCCGAGGCCUUUGCGGCUGGUCCGUAUGGUUUUUCAAGCCAUGGCGCGCCCGGAAGACGACGAGGACCGACGACAACACGGACCCCUCCUCGAAGCUUCCAAUGCAAUUGCAGAGGGGAAGCUGCGGAAGGAAGGUGGCGGAGUUGAUGGGCACCUUUUUCAAGUUGUCAUAGGCCGAACCAACACGCCGCACUAGACAGUGCAACCGUGGUGGCGCUGCCGGGGACAGAUCUCCCUCGUUGCUGUCACUAUACAUAAUCUCGCAGCGGGGGCGCGCUCAUUUUUCAACAUAUGAUUUUGAUAUUGAUCUAAGUAUUUAUCUUUAGCAUUGGCUUUGCCACCCAGUGGAGGUAAAAGAUUCAGUUUGUAGAAUUAGAGCUCGAACCAGAACUUAUGGCACACUGGCACUCACAUAAAAGGUGAAAAGUUCACGUGGAUCAUGAUUUAUGUGAUAUCGAGAGGUUCUACUUUCGCAUUUCAUUUGGAGACCCCCAGUGUUUGGAGACCUCCAGCAGGGUAUUGUAGGAUUGUAGCGGUCAAUGUCAAUCUUCGUGUAGGUAUAAAAAAGUGUAAAAUAAGUAGCAUCAGAUUCAGACAUUGAAGGACUAGUUUAUGUUUAACUGCUUUCAUGCCAAAACCGAUUUUGUUUCUGUUUCAUAUUCCUCUACUUCGGAGGCAAUACAAACUAACACAUUGCUAAUGCCGAGUUUCUUUACGCAUACGCACGGUUUGCGGGUGUGCCCUGCUCGGCGUUUCUGUUUCUCUAGCGCGAAACCGCAUCAUUUCGUCGCAGAUUGAUUUCAUGUCGCAAAAGAUCCAUGUGAAUGUGAAGACGGAGAAACAAGGUGGAUAAUCGUGUAACAUACCCGCUCGGAAAAGGCGUAUUGCGCGUUCCAAGGGAAUA